CUCAGAUCUCCUUUCCCUCAUCCAUCUUCCAAUUCUGACUACCAUGUUAAGAUAGUUUAUUCCCCCUUGUCGUUGAAUUGGUACAAGUUCCUAAAGUUGGAUUUUAACUGGAAUCCUCAUCUACUUUCCUUGAUUUUGAUAACGGCUGAGCCGUUCUGACUCCAAGUAUGGCAACGCCCCAUUUUGGGGGACUGCUGGCGGCAUGCAUAGCUUUGGUCACCAUUCAUCUUGGCACAGCUCAAGAGUUUUGUGCAACGAAUCAGUGCCCUAAUAAUGAGCCGUGUUAUAACAGACCAGGAUCUACGGAAUCAACAUUUGCUUGCGAGUGUCCAGGAGAGACGCCAUUCUUUAUGGGGUAUGAUUGCUCCAUCAGCGCCUUUACCAUGGUUAAAACGACAUGCUUUGGAUCGUCAUGCCAAACUGGUUUUUACACUUCACCCAACUACCCUAAUCAGCAUUUUGACCGGGAUACAAGGAGUCACUUCAUCUUCAUCCCCGGAGCUACAGAAAUCACCUUUUUCUUCAGUGACCCAUUUGAAGUGGAACCCUUCAAAGAUGAACUGUACAUCGGAGAAGGCCUGACCUACGACGACAGGGCAGAUUUAAUUGGGGUGAACAUGACGCAGAAACAGAUCUACUUCUUCGAGAAUUACACGGUGCCGACUCCUUUGACAAUAAAUUCAGAUGCUGCAUUCAUUGUGUGGAAAACUGACAAAAACAUUAGGCUAUCGGGGUUUCGAGUUGAUUGGGUAGGAGCAGUGGACAUCACACCACCAACCUUCACCUGUCCAGAUUCUAUCGAUCGAACCGUUGACAUAACGCAGGCAGGAUCAUUCAUACAGUGGACCGAACCUAAUAUUUUUGAUGAGAGUGGUGUCCAAAGCUUCAGUUCGUCAAUAGCGAGUGGAUCGUUCUUUCAAGUGGGGCUGCCUGUUACUGUUACAUACACAGGGAUAGAUACAAGAGGCAACAUAGCCACAUGUAACUUCAUUGUUUCUGUGACUGCAGUUGAUAGCACACCACCUAUUGUGAUUUGCCCGCAGGACAUUACCGAAACAGUAGAAAUAGGCACUGCUUUUACACAAGUAAACUUUAAUACUCCCAGUGUUUCUGAUGAUUCUGGAAGCUUCAGCCUUGUACAAGCCAGUCAUCAACCUGGAGAUAGCUUUACCACAGGAACAACAAGAGUCACCUACACCUAUGCUGAUGGAAGCCAAAAUACAGCUUCUUGCUCAUUCCUCGUCAACAUUAUUGCUGCUGAUACUACACCACCUGUUGUAACCUGCCCUCCGGACGUUACUGAAAUAGUUGAAUUAGGCAUUUUUUCAACACAAGUAUCCUUUGAUACUCCCAUGGUUAGUGAUAAUUCUGGAAUCUUCAGCCUUGUACAAGCAAGUCAUCAACCUGGAGCUAGCUUUCCUACAGGAUCAUCAACAGUCACCUACACCUAUACUGAUGGAAGCCGAAAUACAGCUUCUUGCUCAUUCCUCGUCAACAUUAUUGCUGUGGACACCACUCCUCCGGUUAUUCUAAACUGCCCUUCUCCACUCGAUGUUGUAAUUGACUUUGGUGCAACAUCUGGCGUGGUUGGAUGGCAAACUGUAUCUGCAACGGAUAAUUCCGGCCAAGUUGAUAUUCUCAGACGUUCGCAUAACAAUGGAGAUAUCUUCACAUUAGGCACAACACCUGUUACAAUUGAGUUCACAGAUCCUUCUGCCAAUACAGCCCUGUGUUCCUUCUUGGUCACUGUAACAGCAGAAGCUGAUAACAUACCACCUGUUGUAAAUUGCCCUCCGGACGUUACUGAAAUAGUUGAAUUAGGCACUUCUUCCAGACAAGUAUCCUUUGAUACUCCCAUGGUUAGUGAUAAUUCUGGAAUCUUCAGCCUUGUACAAGCAAGUCAUCAACCUGGAGCUACCUUUACCACAGGAACAACAACAGUUACCUACACCUAUGCUGAUGGAAGCGGAAAUACAGCUUCUUGUUCAUUUGUAAUCAACAUAAUAGCUGUGGAUCGUGUACCUCCACAAGUAACAUGUCCGGCUGAUGAAGUAUAUGACGUUGAAGUGCCUUUGAGUGGAAGAACAGUUACUUUUGGCACUGCAACAGCAAUUGACUUUUCUGCUGUAUCUCUGGUCAGUGUUACACCUCAGAAUGGAUUUUUCUUCUCCACGGGAUCAACUACAGUGACAUACACUUACAGAGAUGCCAGCAACAAUCAGGCUUCCUGCAGUUUCUUGGUCACUAUUAAUUCAGUGGAUCGUGUACCUCCACAAGUAACAUGUCCGGCUGAUGAAGUAUAUGACGUUGAAGUGCCAUUGAGUGGUAGAACAGUUACUUUUGGCACUGCAACAGCAAUUGACUUUUCUGCUGUAUCUCUGGUCAGUGUUACACCUCAGACUGGAACUUUCUUCUCCACGGGAUCAACUACAGUGACAUACACUUACAGAGAUACCAGCAACAAUGAGGCUUCCUGCAGUUUCUUGGUCACUAUUAAUUCAGUUGACAGCACUCCACCAGAUAUUCAAAACUGCCCUCCUCAAGUCAAUGAAGAAAUUGGCUUUGGUGCAACAUCUGGUGUGGUUGCAUGGCCAAUUGUAUUUGCAUCUGACAAUUCUGGUCAACUUGAGGUUCCAAGUCUUUCGCAUAACAACGGGGGUAUCUUCCCCUUAGGCACCACAGCUGUUACGAUUGAGUUCAGAGAUCUUUCUGGCAAUACAGCCGUAUGUUCCUUCACGGUCACUGUAACAGCACAAGCUGAUAACAUACCACCUGUUGUAAAUUGCCCUCUGGACAUUACUGAAAUAGUUGAAUUAGGCACUUCUUCCAGACAAGUAUCCUUUGAUACUCCCAUGGUUAGUGAUAAUUCUGGAAGCUUCAGCCUUGUACAAGCAAGUCAUCAACCUGGAGAUAGCUUUACCACAGGAACAACAAGAGUCACCUACACCUAUGCUGAUGGAAGCGGAAAUACAGCUUCUUGCUCAUUUCAAAUCAACAUUAUUGCUGUGGAUCGUGUACCUCCACAAGUAACAUGCCCGCCUGAUGAAGUAUAUGACGUUGAAGUGCCAUUGAGUGGAAGAACAGUUACUUUUGGCACUGCAACAGCAUUUGACUUUUCUACUGUAUCUCUGGUCAGUGUUACACCUCAGACUGGAACUUUCUUCUCCACGGGAUCAACUACAGUGACAUACACUUACAGAGAUACCAGCAACAAUGAGGCUUCCUGCAGUUUCUUGGUCACUAUUAAUUCAGUGGAUCGUGUACCUCCACAAGUAACAUGUCCGCCUGAUGAAGUAUAUGACGUUGAAGUGCCAUUGAGUGGUAGAACAGUUACUUUUGGCACUGCAACAGCAAUUGACUUUUCUGCUGUAUCUCUGGUCAGUGUUACACCUCAGACUGGAACUUUCUUCUCCACGGGAUCAACUACAGUGACAUACACUUACAGAGAUGCCAGCAACAAUCAGGCUUCCUGCAGUUUCUUGGUCACUAUUAAUUCAGUGGAUCGUGUACCUCCACAAGUAACAUGUCCGGCUGAUGAAGUAUAUGACGUUGAAGUGCCAUUGAGUGGUAGAACAGUUACUUUUGGCACUGCAACAGCAAUUGACUUUUCUGCUGUAUCUCUGGUCAGUGUUACACCUCAGACUGGAACUUUCUUCUCCACGGGAUCAACUACAGUGACAUACACUUACAGAGAUGCCAGCAACAAUCAGGCUUCCUGCAGUUUCUUGGUCACUAUUAAUUCAGUUGACAACACUCCACCAGAUAUUCAAAACUGCCCUCCUCAAGUCAAUGAAGAAAUUGGCUUUGGUGCAACAUCUGGUGUGGUUGCAUGGCCAAUUGUAUUUGCAUCUGACAAUUCUGGUCAACUUGAGGUUCCCAGUCUUUCGCAUAACAACGGGGGUAUCUUCCCCUUAGGCACCACAGCUGUUACGAUUGAGUUCAGAGAUCUUUCUGGCAAUACAGCCGUAUGUUCCUUCACGGUCACUGUAACAGCACAAGCUGAUAACAUACCACCUGUUGUAAAUUGCCCUCCGGACGUUACUGAAACAGUUGAAUUAGGCACUUCUUCCAGACAAGUAUCCUUUGAUACUCCCAUGGUUAGUGAUAAUUCUGGAAGCUUCAGCCUUCUACAAGCAAGUCAUCAACCUGGAGAUAGCUUUACCACAGGAACAACAAGAGUCACCUACACCUAUGCUGAUGGAAGCGGAAAUAUAGCUUCUUGUUCAUUUGUAAUCAACAUAAUAGCUGUGGAUCGUGUACCUCCACAAGUAACAUGCCCGCCUGAUGAAGUAUAUGACGUUGAAGUGCCAUUGAGUGGAAGAACAGUUACUUUUGGCACUGCAACAGCAAUUGACUUUUCUACUGUAUCUCUGGUCAGUGUUACACCUCAGACUGGAACUUUCUUCUCCACGGGAUCAACUACAGUGACAUACACUUACAGAGAUACCAGCAACAAUGAGGCUUCCUGCAGUUUCUUGGUCACUAUUAAUUCAGUGGAUCGUGUACCUCCACAAGUAACAUGCCCGCCUGAUGAAGUAUAUGACGUUGAAGUGCCAUUGAGUGGUAGAACAGUUACUUUUGGCACUGCAACAGCAAUUGACUUUUCUGCUGUAUCUCUGGUCAGUGUUACACCUCAGACUGGAACGUUCUUCUCCACGGGAUCAACUACAGUGACAUACACUUACAGAGAUGCCAGCAACAAUCAGGCUUCCUGCAGUUUCUUGGUCACUAUUAAUUCAGUUGACAACACUCCACCAGAUAUUCAAAACUGCCCUCCUCAAGUCAAUGAAGAAAUUGGCUUUGGUGCAACAUCUGGUGUGGUUGCAUGGCCAAUUGUAUUUGCAUCUGACAAUUCUGGUCAACUUGAGGUUCCAAGUCUUUCGCAUAACAACGGGGGUAUCUUCCCCUUAGGCACCACAGCUGUUACGAUUGAGUUCAGAGAUCUUUCUGGCAAUACAGCCGUAUGUUCCUUCACGGUCACUGUAACAGCACAAGCUGAUAACAUACCACCUGUUGUAAAUUGCCCUCUGGACAUUACUGAAACAGUUGAAUUAGGCACUUCUUCCAGACAAGUAUCCUUUGAUACUCCCGUGGUCAGUGAUAAUUCUGGAAGCUUCAGCCUUCUACAAGCAAGUCAUCAACCUGGAGAUAGCUUUACCACAGGAACAACAAGAGUCACCUACACCUAUGCUGAUGGAAACGGAAAUACAGCUUCUUGUUCAUUUGUAAUCAACAUAAUAGCUGUGGAUCGUGUGCCUCCACAAGUAACAUGUCCGGCUGAUGAAGUAUAUGACGUUGAAGUGCCAUUGAAUGGAAGAACAGUUACUUUUGGCACUGCAACAGCAUUUGACUUUUCUACUGUAUCUCUGGUCAGUGUUACACCUCAGACUGGAACUUUCUUCUCCACGGGAUCAACUACAGUGACAUACACUUACAGAGAUACCAGCAACAAUGAGGCUUCCUGCAGUUUCUUGGUCACUAUUAAUUCAGUGGAUCGUGUACCUCCACAAGUAACAUGUCCGGCUGAUGAAGUAUAUGACGUUGAAGUGCCUUUGAGUGGAAGAACAGUUACUUUUGGCACUGCAACAGCAAUUGACUUUUCUGCUGUAUCUCUGGUCAGUGUUACACCUCAGAAUGGAUUUUUCUUCUCCACGGGAUCAACUACAGUGACAUACACUUACAGAGAUGCCAGCAACAAUCAGGCUUCCUGCAGUUUCUUGGUCACUAUUAAUUCAGUUGACAACACUCCACCAGAUAUUCAAAACUGCCCUCCUCAAGUCAAUGAAGAAAUUGGCUUUGGUGCAACAUCUGGUGUGGUUGCAUGGCCAAUUGUAUUUGCAUCUGACAAUUCUGGUCAACUUGAGGUUCCCAGUCUUUCGCAUAACAACGGGGGUAUCUUCCCCUUAGGCACCACAGCUGUUACGAUUGAGUUCAGAGAUCUUUCUGGCAAUACAGCCGUAUGUUCCUUCACGGUCACUGUAACAGCACAAGCUGAUAACAUACCACCUGUUGUAAAUUGCCCUCCGGACGUUACUGAAACAGUUGAAUUAGGCACUUCUUCCAGACAAGUAUCCUUUGAUACUCCCAUGGUCAGUGAUAAUUCUGGAAGCUUCAGCCUUGUACAAGCAAGUCAUCAACCUGGAGAUAGCUUUACCACAGGAACAACAAGAGUCACCUACACCUAUGCUGAUGGAAGCGGAAAUACAGCUUCUUGCUCAUUUGUAAUCAACAUAAUAGCUGUGGAUCGUGUACCUCCACAAGUAACAUGCCCGCCUGAUGAAGUAUAUGACGUUGAAGUGCCAUCGAGUGGAAGAACAGUUACUUUUGGCACUGCAACAGCAAUUGACUUUUCUACUGUAUCUCUGGUCAGUGUUACACCUCAGACUGGAACUUUCUUCUCCACGGGAUCAACUACAGUGACAUACACUUACAGAGAUACCAGCAACAAUGAGGCUUCCUGCAGUUUCUUGGUCACUAUUAAUUCAGUGGAUCGUGUACCUCCACAAGUAACAUGUCCGCCUGAUGAAGUAUAUGACGUUGAAGUGCCAUUGAGUGGUAGAACAGUUACUUUUGGCACUGCAACAGCAAUUGACUUUUCUGCUGUAUCUCUGGUCAGUGUUACACCUCAGACUGGAACUUUCUUCUCCACGGGAUCAACUACAGUGACAUACACUUACAGAGAUGCCAGCAACAAUCAGGCUUCCUGCAGUUUCUUGGUCACUAUUAAUUCAGUUGACAACACUCCACCAGAUAUUCAAAACUGCCCUCCUCAAGUCAAUGAAGAAAUUGGCUUUGGUGCAACAUCUGGUGUGGUUGCAUGGCCAAUUGUAUUUGCAUCUGACAAUUCUGGUCAACUUGAGGUUCCCAGUCUUUCGCAUAACAACGGGGGUAUCUUCCCCUUAGGCACCACAGCUGUUACGAUUGAGUUCAGAGAUCUUUCUGGCAAUACAGCCGUAUGUUCCUUCACGGUCACUGUAACAGCACAAGCUGAUAACAUACCACCUGUUGUAAAUUGCCCUCCGGACGUUACUGAAACAGUUGAAUUAGGCACUUCUUCCAGACAAGUAUCCUUUGAUACUCCCGUGGUUAGUGAUAAUUCUGGAAGCUUCAGCCUUGUACAAGCAAGUCAUCAACCUGGAGAUAGCUUUACCACAGGAACAACAAGAGUCACCUACACCUAUGCUGAUGGAAGCGGAAAUAUAGCUUCUUGCUCAUUUGUAAUCAACAUAAUAGCUGUGGAUCGUGUACCUCCACAAGUAACAUGCCCGCCUGAUGAAGUAUAUGACGUUGAAGUGCCAUUGAGUGGAAGAACAGUUACUUUUGGCACUGCAACAGCAAUUGACUUUUCUACUGUAUCUCUGGUCAGUGUUACACCUCAGACUGGAACUUUCUUCUCCACGGGAUCAACUACAGUGACAUACACUUACAGAGAUACCAGCAACAAUGAGGCUUCCUGCAGUUUCUUGGUCACUAUUAAUUCAGUGGAUCGUGUACCUCCACAAGUAACAUGCCCGCCUGAUGAAGUAUAUGACGUUGAAGUGCCAUUGAGUGGUAGAACAGUUACUUUUGGCACUGCAACAGCAAUUGACUUUUCUGCUGUAUCUCUGGUCAGUGUUACACCUCAGACUGGAACUUUCUUCUCCACGGGAUCAACUACAGUGACAUACACUUACAGAGAUGCCAGCAACAAUCAGGCUUCCUGCAGUUUCUUGGUCACUAUUAAUUCAGUUGACAACACUCCACCAGAUAUUCAAAACUGCCCUCCUCAAGUCAAUGAAGAAAUUGGCUUUGGUGCAACAUCUGGUGUGGUUGCAUGGCCAAUUGUAUUUGCAUCUGACAAUUCUGGUCAACUUGAGGUUCCCAGUCUUUCGCAUAACAACGGGGGUAUCUUCCCCUUAGGCACCACAGCUGUUACCAUUGAGUUCAGAGAUCUUUCUGGCAAUACAGCCGUAUGUUCCUUCACGGUCACUGUAACAGCACAAGCUGAUAACAUACCACCUGUUGUAAAUUGCCCUCUGGACAUUACUGAAACAGUUGAAUUAGGCACUUCUUCCAGACAAGUAUCCUUUGAUACUCCCGUGGUUAGUGAUAAUUCUGGAAGCUUCAGCCUUGUACAAGCAAGUCAUCAACCUGGAGAUAGCUUUACCACAGGAACAACAAGAGUCACCUACACCUAUGCUGAUGGAAGCGGAAAUAUAGCUUCUUGUUCAUUUGUAAUCAACAUAAUAGCUGUGGAUCGUGUACCUCCACAAGUAACAUGCCCGCCUGAUGAAGUAUAUGACGUUGAAGUGCCAUUGAGUGGAAGAACAGUUACUUUUGGCACUGCAACAGCAUUUGACUUUUCUACUGUAUCUCUGGUCAGUGUUACACCUCAGACUGGAACUUUCUUCUCCACGGGAUCAACUACAGUGACAUACACUUACAGAGAUACCAGCAACAAUGAGGCUUCCUGCAGUUUCUUGGUCACUAUUAAUUCAGUGGAUCGUGUACCUCCACAAGUAACAUGUCCGGCUGAUGAAGUAUAUGACAUUGAAGUGCCUUUGAGUGGAAGAACAGUUACUUUUGGCACUGCAACAGCAAUUGACUUUUCUGCUGUAUCUCUGGUCAGUGUUACACCUCAGACUGGAACUUUCUUCUCCACGGGAUCAACUACAGUGACAUACACUUACAGAGAUACCAGCAACAAUCAGGCUUCCUGCAGUUUCUUGGUCACUGUUAAUUCAGUUGAUACGACUAAUCCCCAGAUAGUGUGCCCACAAGGGUUCACUGAGUCUUCUACUGUGGGUACAGGCGGGACAGUAGUCACCUGGAUCUCUGCCACAGCAACAGAUAACUCUGGUUCUGUCACUGUCACAUCUGAUCGUGUUUCACCUAUGUUUUUGAACUUUGGAGAGACAAUUAUCACAUACACUGCAAGAGAUCCCUCCGGAAAUAUUGCUAUUUGCUCAUUUACCAUUGUUGUGAUAGAAGUUGAUAACGUGCCACCUGUUGUAACUUGCCCUCCGGACGUUACUGAAAUAGUUGAAUUAGGCACUUCUUCCACACAAGUAUCCUUUGAUACUCCCAUGGUUAGUGAUAAUUCUGGAAUCUUCAGCCUUGUACAAGCAAGUCAUCAACCUGGAGCUACCUUUACUACAGGAGCAACAACAGUCACCUACACCUAUACUGAUGGAAGCGGAAACACAGCUUCUUGCUCAUUUCAAAUCAACAUUAUUGCUGAGGAUCGCAUCCCUCCACAAGUAACAUGUCCGGCUGAUGAAGUAUAUGACGUUGAAGUGCCUUCGAGUGGUAGAACAGUUACUUUUGGCACUGCAUCAGCAACUGACCUUUCUACUGUAUCUCUGGUCAGUGUUACACCUCAGAAUGGAUUUUUCUUCUCCACGGGAUCAACGACAGUGACAUACACUUACAGAGAUACCAGCAACAAUCAGGCUUCCUGCAGUUUCUCUGUCAUUGUUAAUUCAGUUGAUACGACUAAUCCCCAGAUAGUGUGCCCACAAGGGUUCACUGAGUCUUCUACUGUGGGUACAGGCGGGACAGUAGUCACCUGGAUCUCUGCCACAGCAACAGACAACUCUGGUUCUGUCACUGUCACAUCUGAUCGUGUUUCACCUAUGUAUUUGAACUUUGGAGAGACGACUAUCACAUACACUGCAAGAGAUCCAUCCGGAAACAUUGCUAUUUGCUCGUUUACUAUUGUUGUGUUAGAAGUGGACAAUGAGCCGCCGUUGAUUCAAAACUGCCCUCCUUCGCCGCUCAACACAGUUAUUGACUUGGAUCAAGCAUUUGCUCAGGUGUUCUGGCCACUUGUGCUGGCAACCGACAAUUCGGGCAUCGAACCUGUUGUCAACCCAUCGCAUUCCAGUGGGAGUUCAUUUCCUGUGGGCCAGACGACAGUCACAAUUGAAUUUACCGAUUCUGCUCUUAACACCGCCCAGUGUCUUUUUGUAGUCAAUGUCAUUCAGUCUGAUCCAGUCCCACCACUGAUAACAGGCUGUCCUGGAGACAUAGAAAGAUCCAUCUCGCUUGAGGCAACAGACACCCCAGUGUCUUGGAUACCGCCAAGCGCAACAGAUAACGAUGGCGAGAUCCCAGACUUAAUCAGUAACUUUAGCCCUGGAGCUCGAUUUUCUCCUGGAGUGUGGAAUGUCAUCUACACCUCUACGGAUAGAGCAGGAAACACACAGCAGUGCCAGUUUUCUAUUACUAUUUCAAGAGUGGAUGAUGAACCACCGAGCGUGACUUGCCCUGCAAGCAUUCAGCAGAUUGUAAUAGAAGGUUCCGCCGGUACGUACGUGACGUGGGACCCUCCUGCUGCAUCAGAUAACUCGGGCACAGUGGAGUUUGUAUCGUCCACCGCCAGUUCUGGUGAUCUGUUCGCCAUUGGACUCAAUUCAGUCACAUACACCUACUCAGAUCCUUCCGGCAACCAAGCCAGUUGCAGCUUCACAGUGACCAUUACCUCAGGUUCGCCGUGCAACCCGAAUCCCUGUCAAAAUGAUGGCCUAUGCGUACCGACAGAUCUUACAAGUUACCAGUGUAUCUGCACAGAAUGCUUUACAGGGACUAACUGUGAGACAAACCUCAAUGCAUGUGUCAACAAUCUCUGUGAGAAUGGAGCAAUCUGCAUCCCAGAUCCAGGAUCAUGUACCGAUUACAGCUGCCAGUGCACCGAUUGCUUUACAGGAAGAUUCUGCAAUUUACCGCUUGACUCGUGUGAGAACCAUCAGUGUCAGAACGGUGGAGGCUGUACAGUGGAUCCCCUGAACUGUGUACUCUACACCUGUACCUGCCCUCUGUGCUUUACUGGCCAAUUCUGUGAACAGGAGGUCAGUGCUUGUACUUUCAAUCUGUGUGCCAAUGGAGCAAACUGCGUUCCAGUUGGGACAAUCUGCACCGAGUAUAAAUGCUCCUGUCCUGGCUGUUACACUGGCGCUUACUGUAAUGAAUUACGGGAUCCUUGCUUCAACAAUCCAUGCAUGAACGGUGGCAUAUGCUCUGCUUUGAAUGAUGGAAACUGUUUCUCCUACACCUGUGAAUGUUCCGGGUGCAACACUGGCUACAACUGUGAAAUCACAAUCCCAUCCCCUUGCUCUGGAAAUCCUUGUCAGAAUGGAGGAAACUGUCUGAGCAUCCAGGGACAGUGUGCUGCUUAUCAGUGUCAGUGCCCAGCAAACUUUGGUGGUCUUCAUUGUGAAAAUGUGGUUACAACUAAUCCGAAUCCCUGCAAUAGUUUCCCCUGUCUGAAUGGGGCAGAGUGCCUUACCAUGGACAGCACGUUCUACACCUGUCUGUGCCGUUCUGGCUUCGCUGGUAUUGACUGCCAACAACCCACAUUACCUGGUGGCCAGGCAACUGAUCUCUGUUUGACUAACCCCUGCCAGAAUGGAGCGACCUGUGUGGCCAGUUACCACAGCAGUAAUCGUAACUUUUACCAGCCUCAGUAUUACUGCAUAUGCAACAAUGGCUUCACGGGAACAAACUGCCAGCAGCAGACAGCAUUCUCCCCGAAUGAAGACAUCUGCAAUGUUGUACGACCUGAAAGACCCGACUGUCAGGGUGGCGCACCUUGCUACAACUCCUAUCAAAGCUUCACCAGUGAUGUUGACUACUACUGUGACUGCCCUAUUGGCCUCACUGGGCACAACUGUGAAACAAUUGCUCCAAACCCAUGUGAAAGUAAUCCCUGUCAGAAUGGAGGAAACUGUCUGCCCUUCAAGUUAUACUACACCUGCUCAUGCCCCCAGGGAUUCCUGGGAGAUCGCUGUCAAACAUCUACCGAUAUAACGGUACCAGCUAUUUUGAACUGCCCUGCUGAUAUUGAGGUGCAAGUUGCAUUUGGUCAGACCAUGGCCUUUGCUACAUGGCAAGAACCUACAUCACCAGACGGUAACAGGGUCUUCCGUUCCGACGCUCCAUCAACGCUCUUCCCACUCGGCACAACCUCUGUGUCCUAUGUCUUUGAGGAUGUCUCUGGGAAUAGGGCUUCUUGCACCUUCUUUGUUAUAGUAUCAGGUAAUGUGGUAGAUGACACACCCCCAACAGUCUUUGGAUGCCCUGGAGACAUCACUGCCACCGUACCACUUGGCUCUCAGACCACAACGGCCAUUUGGCAGCUUCCUGGUGCUGCCGACAACAACGGCGCUGCCACACUCACAAGCAACUACAGCCCUGGGGAUGUCUUCCCAGCGGGUAUCACCGAAGUGGUGUAUGUUGCCACUGACUCUGCAGGACUGACUGCCAGGUGUUCAUUCAAUGUCAUUGCACAGUUGCCUGUUGAUGAAACCCCACCAGUGAUUGAUAAUUGUCCCGAGGAGCGAUUUGCAACGCUGCCCGAUGGAAGUUCUACUGUCCCUGUGGUUUGGCCUGCACCUCAGGCAUCAGACAACUCUGGUCAGGUGACACUGUCGUCCAAUUACAACCCCGGUGAUUCAUUCCCACCCGGGCAAACUUUAGUCUUUUACGCUGCCAAGGACCCGUAUGGACUCUUGACUUCGUGCACGUUUACCGUCUUUGUGUCUACCACAGGUGACACCAAUCCGCCUGUGAUCAGUGGGUGUCCCGAGAAUCAGUUUAUCACUGCACCCCCAGGAUCGUCCAGUGUUCUAGUGACUUGGAUACCACCUACUGCAACAGAUGACACUGGAAUCGUCACCCUCACCGGGGACUCGACCCCAGGAUCAUCCUUUCCUGUUGGUACAACCUCGGUCAGAUACGAGGCCCGGGACUCGUCUGGUCUUGUCUCUCGCUGCACUUUCCAAAUUUUUGUGACUGCAGAUGGAGGAGACACAGUACCACCAGUAAUCACGAACUGUCCCACAGAUCAGUUCGCUACGCUGCCUGCAGGAUCCCCAUCUGUGGCAGUAUCUUGGAUAGAGCCAACAGCUACAGACAACCGCGGGACUCCAUUGCUGUUCUCCAACUUCAACCCUGGUGACUUGUUUCCCUUGGGUUCUCGCACCGUAACGUACACAGCAAGAGAUUCUAGUGGGCUUGAGGCUUUCUGCUCUUUCAAUGUCGUUGUCAGUGGUACAACAACAACAGGGGACACUACAUCACCCGUCUUUGUGACCUGCCCAUCAUCUCAAACCAUUACUGUAAGCCAAGGUCAGACUUCAACCACCGCAGUAUGGACAACACCCACAGCAACGGACAAUGCUGGGGCACCAACGGUCAUCCAGACCGCUGGACCAGGGCCUGGCGGUGUCUUCAGCCUAGGCAGUACACCCGUGACCUACACGGCUCGAGAUGGAGCUGGCUUGGAAGAGACCUGUGUCUUCAAUAUCAUUGUGACCGUGCCAGGCGGUGGCACUACACAGGACAACAUUCCACCUGUCAUCAGCGGCUGUGAUGAGUCGGUGUCGGCCAUUUCAAAUGGCGAUGUUGUUCCAGUUAGCUGGAAUGUGCCAACUGCCACCGACAACGGAGUAGAGAUACCCCCAUCCAGCACUCCUCCAUUUUCAUCCAUAUUCAUCCCACCUGGAAAUUACGGGCCGUUUAAUUAUGUUUUCACAGAUAUAGCAGGGAAUUCUGCAGUGUGUCCAAUCUUCAUCUCUAUUUCUGGUGAGAUGAAUGAAAUAUAA